AUGGCUGAUAACGAGGACCUUUUAGAUUACGAGGAAGAGGACCAGACCGAGCAGGUGGUGGCAGAGACCACGGAACAGCCGAAGAAGGAUGUGAAGGGUACUUACGUAUCUAUUCACAGCUCCGGUUUCCGUGAUUUUUUGCUGAAACCUGAAAUAUUGCGCGCCAUUGUCGACUGUGGUUUCGAGCAUCCCUCUGAAGUGCAACACGAAUGUAUUCCACAGGCUGUGCUUGGUAUGGACAUUUUGUGCCAGGCCAAGUCCGGUAUGGGAAAGACAGCUGUGUUUGUGCUUGCCACGUUACAGCAGCUGGAACCGACCGAGAACGUGCCGUACGUCCUGGUUAUGUGCCAUACGCGCGAGCUGGCUUUCCAGAUUAGCAAGGAGUAUGAGCGGUUUUGUAAGUACAUGCCCACCAUCAAGGUGGCCGUAUUUUUCGGAGGGCUACCGAUUCAGAAGGAUGAGGAAGUGCUGAAAACGACAACACCGCACAUUAUCGUGGGAACGCCGGGACGUGUGCUUGCGCUAAUCCGGAACAAGAAGCUGAACCUGAAAAACCUGAAACAUUUCAUACUCGACGAGUGCGACAAAAUGCUCGAACAGUUAGAUAUGCGCCGCGACGUCCAGGAGAUAUUCCGUAACACACCACACGGAAAGCAAGUGAUGAUGUUCUCCGCCACACUAAGCAAAGAAAUUCGGCCAGUGUGCAAAAAGUUCAUGCAAGAUCCGAUGGAAGUGUAUGUUGACGACGAGACCAAACUAACACUUCACGGUCUGCAGCAACAUUAUGUGAAACUGAAGGAAAACGAGAAGAACAAGAAACUGUUCGAAUUACUUGAUGUGUUGGAGUUCAAUCAGGUGGUUAUUUUCGUCAAAUCCGUUCAACGUUGCAUGGCCCUGGCACAGCUGCUGACUGAGCAAAAUUUCCCAGCCAUUGGCAUCCAUCGUGGUAUGGUGCAGGAAGAACGUUUGUCGCGGUACCAGCAGUUCAAGGAUUUCCAGAAGCGUAUCCUAGUUGCUACGAAUCUGUUCGGUCGUGGUAUGGAUAUUGAGCGUGUGAACAUAGUGUUCAAUUAUGACAUGCCGGAAGAUUCGGAUACCUAUCUGCAUCGAGUGGCCCGAGCCGGUCGUUUCGGUACUAAGGGUCUCGCCAUCACCUUCAUCUCGGAUGAGGCAGACGCAAAGAUUCUUAACGAUGUUCAGGAUCGGUUCGAUGUGAACAUCAACGAGCUGCCGGACGAAAUUGACCUCUCUUCUUAUAUUGAAGGACGAUAA